UCGCUUACAGAGGCGGAGCGCUUACAGUGGAAACAGACUUGCUUGGCGUCGAGGUUGAGUCUUCUCAGGUCCCCACCGCCGACGCACCCACCAUGGCGUCUGCUAUCCUCGGGCUGACGCCGCGCUGGGUGAUGCUACUCGGUGCCGUGCUGCUGUUGCUUCUGCCAGGAGCCCCUGCUCCGGAGCCUCCGGGAAUGGGUUGCUCUGAGUACACAAACAGAUCCUGUGAAGAGUGCCUCAGGAAUGUCUCGUGUCUGUGGUGCAACGAGAACAAGGCGUGCAUGAACUACCCAGUAAGGAAAAUCUUGCCCCCUGCUUCUCUCUGUAAACUGAGUUCCGCUCGCUGGGGCGUAUGCUGGGUGAACUUCGAGGCCUUGAUCAUCACCAUGUCUGUGCUUGGGGGCUCUGUGCUCCUGGGCAUCGCCGUGUGCUGCUGCUGCUGCUGCCGCCGCAAGAGGAACCGGAAGCCAGACCAGAGCGACGAGCGGGCCAUGAGAGAGCAGGAGGAGAGGAGAGUGCGGCAGGAGGAGAGGAGAGCAGAAAUGAAGUCAAGACAUGACGAAAUCAGGAAAAAGUAUGGUUUGUUUAAAGAACAAAACCCAUAUGAGAAGUUCUAAGGCGGCUGGCACCCACUUGCGGUGGAUCGUGCAGUUCCAAGUUUCCCGGGAGUGCACUCCCCAGCAGAGCCUGCAGCGACCUGGCCACCCCUGACCUGGGCCAUCCCCCAGCCUCAGCACUGGCCCCGGCGUGGCUCUGAGAGGACAAUCCUGCUCUUGUUCCCUCUGUGUUUGUAUGUAAUCACCUGAGACCUUAAUCUCGUUGAUGUCCUUUUUGGGGGGAGGGAAUGUACUCGGUCCCCACGCUCCGCAAGCCGAUUACGAAGCUGGCAGCCUGUGGUGCUGCCUGGCUGCUGAGUGGCCUUGCUGGGAGAUUCACCUUGCAACAAACGAGUCAUGUUUACUUCGGGAUGACAAGAGCUGACCGCCAGCUCUGCAGGCCCACUGCUGUCACAUGCCUUUUUUUUCAAUUUUGGUGGCCUCUUGGAAGGCACUGUCCCCAAGUCUGGUAAGGAUUAGCUUCCUAACCCAGCUCUAUCCAAUAGCACAAAAGCUUAUAAAGUCACCUGAAGUCUUUAAUAAUCCCUCAGGAAACAGCCCUACCAAAAUCUCUCAUGAAAAGUCCAGGCCUCUUGGAUGGUGGUUUUCAUUCGUCUUCACUAGACUGAGGAUCUUCCGACCGUGGGGAGCCUGAGCUGUGAUUCAGGCUGGUCCUUCUGUGAGGGCUGACGGUCCACCUCAGGCCUUUCCAGCUAUGGUGGCGCACGGCUCCUGUGUCCUCAGAAGGGUUCUUGUGUAGGGUCUUGGACAUCUCCCUCUACUCUUCAGGCGGCUGUUGAGUUGGUCCUGUACGUGUCAUGGAGGGUGAAGAGCUUGUCCACGGCCAUCCCAAUGUGGGGCUCAGUGAGUAGGAAGUUAGGACCCCACGCCAUAGCGCCUCUCAGGAAACCGGCCCGAGCUGACACAGGCACCCCUCCUCCCCCUGUGUCCAGCUGUGCCUCAGGUCUCUGUCUGACAUGUCAGCGUGGGCCCUGGGGAGGUCCUGUGAUUCUGUCCACACUGGACAUUUCUUUGAAAUCCAGAUGUGUCCCUAGUAAGGAGAUCACGACCCUGAUGGCAGGGUAAGGAGAGAGAGAUUCCCCUGGGAAAGCAGCCACCAGCAGAUGAGGCAGUCCUGCCGGAGGCUCCCUCAUGCCCGAGACCUCACCUAGCGGCUCGGUAACCUUCUCAACUGUCAGUCUGUCCAGGAUUAACAUUCUCCCCUCUUCUGAUUCCACAAACUAAGGGUAACCUUUACCACAAUCUGGAAUCUUAUCAUUUUUCUGCCUUGUUAGUUAGGCAUUUGAUGGAACUUAAAGCCUUGUCAAACAUUUCUUAAGUAUUAUAGCAGCCAUUGAGAGUUCGCUUUCUCCUGUCUGUUGAAAGGGAGCCCUCCUCACAGGCCCUGAUGACCUUGUAUUAAUAUGUAGCACAUAUACAUCGUACCUGGUAGGUUGCUGAGCUGGUGUUGGAGUGUUUACUUCUCCAGCAGCAGUGCGCAUAGGAGUGGCCCGUGCCUGCCUCUGAGCAGCGUGGAGAGCAGACACAGGGCCAAGCCCCACACCCUCACACCCAGUGCCUUAGUUUUUAACCUCCAUCCAAUAAAAUGAUUGAAUAUG